AUUGCAUAUAAAAAGCUGUGACAGGAUUUUUUUGGCACGCUUUCAACAGCUAAGAAUAAUGACUCUAACCGCAAAGGAUAAAGCCACUGUGAAGGCUUUCUUUGACAAAGUCAGCCCCAUGGCUGAGCAGAUUGGUGAAGAGGUCCUCUCCAGGACUUUGACCGUCUAUCCUCAGACGAAGACUUACUUCUCCCACUGGAAAGACCUGACAGCAGGUUCAGCACAAGUGAGGAAGCAUGGACUGACCGUGCUGCAGGGUGUGCUCAGCGCUGUUGAAGUGAUAGAUAACCUGAAGGAAGGCCUCCUUAAACUCAGUGAGCUCCAUGCCUUCAUACUGCGUGUGGACCCUGCAAAUUUCAAGAUCAUCUCGCACAACAUCCUUGUGGUGCUUGCCAUGCUGUUUCCAGAUGACUUCACCCCUGAGGUGCACGUGGCGGUGGACAAAUUCCUUUCACAAGUUAACCUGGCCCUGUCGGAGAAGUACCGUUAAGAACGAUACUGUAUUUGUCU